AUGACUCAAGCUAACAAAGACUCCACUAUCUCAGGAACAAAAGGAACCAUUGAUUAUGAUUCUUUCCUUGAGAAAUACAAGAUUCAUCGUUUGGAGGUCGAAGAAUCCCAAAGCAAAGAACCAAUUUUAAUGGAAAACAAGAGCAGAUUCGUGUUGAUGCCUAUCAAAUUUCACACUGUAUAUGAUGGUUAUAAGAAAAGAGAAGCUUUAUUCUGGCCAGCUGAAGAAAUUGAUUUCAGUCACGAUAUUAUUAAUUGGGGGAAGAAAGCCAGUGACCACGACAAAAGUAUAAUUAAAAAAUCAUUAGCCUUUUUAUGUAGUUCAGUUUUAGGCUCUUUUUACCUUCCAGAACAUAUAUCAUCAGAAGUACAAAUACCAGAGGCAAAAUGUUUCUACGGUUUUGAGAUUAUGGUAGAAAACAUCCAUGGGGAAGUGUAUUCACUGGCUAUUGAUCAAUUGGUUCAUAAUACAGAUGAAAUAAAAAAAAUGUUUAAAGAUGUGGACAAUGCCAAAUUCAUUGAAAGGAAAAAGAGUUUUGCAGAGAGAUGGUUUGAUAAAGAGAGCUCUUUAUUUGCUGAAAAAUUAGUGGCAUUUUCCUCGAUAGAAGCAAUCUUCUCUCUUGUAUCAUUUUUUUCAAUUAUGUCAUUAGAAAAGAAAGACAUAAUUCCUGGCCUAAUUUCAGGCAUAAAACUAAUUUUGAAGGAUCAUAUAGUUCAUUGUGAUUUCCAAAUGUCCAUUUAUUCAGAGCUAAAAAAGAGACUUGACCCAGGCAUCAUUGAAAGAAUUGUCACAGAAGCUGUAGAAAUCGAACUUGAAACAUUGGAAGAUGAUUACUUUAAUAAACAAUUGGACAAAGAAACUAAGGCAGAUAUCAAGAACGUCAUUGAAUAUGUUGGUGACAGAGUUUUGAUGGGUUUUGGAAACCAAAAACAUUUCCAUUCAGCUAAUCCAUAUGAUAAUUUGGAACACGAAUGUUUUGAAAAUGUCAUACCAAAAACUGAGUCAUCAGAUUCACAGAACACUACAAAAUUCAGUAAAACUGAAAAGAUCGCUGCUAGUGAGAUUAGCUUUGAUGAUGAAUUUUAA